AUGGUAGUUGACCACAGACUAGCCGUCGGUUUAUCCUUCCCGAGAUGUCGCGUCUCUCGUUCGCCAUCACCGUCAAAAUUUACCUCCACGACUCUGAAGCCGGACUGUUCCCCCAAGCACCUCGUGCAGAGGAUUUCGUCAGAGCUUUCCCUCUCAAUCCCUGGCGUUGCUGCUGAGAACGGUACGCUUACUGGUCCAUCACGUUUCUCAGAGAGCCUCCCAGUGCCUGUCGUCUCCGAAGUUCGAAUCAGAAUCCACGUCUCAUCCGACUUGACUUGCAGUGAAGCUGGCGAUAUCUUCUUGCGGGUGACUCUCUAUGCUAUCGAUAACAUAGGGAAAAGAGUGCUGGUUGGCUACACUUCCUGGACGACAUCCUUUAGCAUUCUCAAGCGCCGAGCCCAAUCACACCAACUCGCUCACAACCAGGCCACAAAGCGUCCUCGCCUCCACCACCCACUCUCAAAAUUCCUCUUCGCUUUCGCCUUUUCCGGUCUGAACCUUUUCCACUACCGCUUCAGAAGAACCAAGCUACCUCGUUUCCUGGAACACUGGAAAUUUUCACAAAGAGCCCGGUCCCUCUUCACCUUCCUCCGUUGCACUGGACCUCGAUGCCUCCCACCCUCCCGUCGUGUUAUUCUCGACCAAGACGGAUACCAAAUAACCCACAUCGGAAAUGGCGCUUUCGCCGUUAUUUCGCGCGUCUCACGUCGAGGUUCGACUCAAGCGCGGGUGGUUAUGAAGCGUAUCACGUUCGACGAGUCAGGGCUGGCGAGAUACCUGGCAGAGACCGAGGUGGACUGUCUUAAGGCGAUGACUGGGAACCAGUGGUUCCCGCCGUUGUUAACUCAUUUCAUGGACGACGAGGAAUUUGUUAUCUCGAUGCCGUUUUAUCAACGUGGAGAUUUGGCGGGUCUCCUUGAGCACAGAGGAUACCUCGGACGUUCGCUCGCUCAAUUCUAUGCUGCCCAACUCGUACUCGCGAUCGAGGCUCUCCACAAACAAGGCAUCGUCCACCGCGACAUCAAACCAGACAACAUUCUCCUCGACGACGCUGGGCACUUGCUCCUCGCCGACCUCGGCCUGGCUGAAAACCUAGGCACAUCCGACCUUCAAGAUGGCCCAGCAGUAGUGGAUAUGCACAGAUUUCCAGUCUGGCUCGAGGCAAGGGCGAAGGGAGGCGACGAGUUCCCUAUGCUCUGGGUUGACGGACACAACCCGCUCGGCACGCGUGGAGCGGCGGGCACAUAUUGGUACACCGCGCCCGAGGUGUUCAGAAAUGAGCGUUAUUCGUUUGGGGUGGAUUACUGGUCGGUGGGUGUGAUAUACCACGAGCUUACUACUGGACAUAUACCCUUCAAACACUGCAAAGCAUACCCCGAAAAUAAAAGACCUGUGCUGGACUAUACGCCGAAGCCUGGUCAAGUGAGAUUUAUCAAACCCUGGGAGAAUAGGGCGCUAGACGAGUUGCUCCAUCCGAUACCCAACAAACGGCCACAGAGGGUCGUGGAUAUAAAAAGGAGCCCUUUGUUCAACGGAAUAGAUUGGGAAAGCAUGUCGAGGAGAGAGAUCCAACCUCCUCCGCUCCCACUGCCAUUGCAGGAAGAUUGA